GCUUAUUUAGGUGCAGGUGACAACCCUGCCAUCAGCUGUUUGGUUAUGUGAAUUAUUUUUCCUUUUCUACUGGCUAAUUUUUGAUAAAAAUGCUUAAAAUAAGCAAGAUCUGCCUGGCCACCUCCGCCACACUUACAGCACAACGGGGAAUUGCGCUAACAGCCAGCCGCUCCAUCGAUCAGAAGUGGCGUGCAGGUAGGGGAUUGCCGGAAAACCCGAAUGCCUUUGGCCCUCUCACCAAUUUGCCUGACUUUACCUACCUAGAUGGCAGACCCACGCCCCUGGGAGCCAACCAGAAGAGACGCCUGCUGAAGCAGCAGGAGAUCGCCACGAGGAUCGUGGAGCUAAGUGGCGAGCUGGACUUCGCCAAGCAGCGACAUGCACGCCUCAAGGAGGCCGCCGAAGCCGAGAAGCAGCGCCUCAUCCAGAGCAAACUGAAGCCCAAGGGCCACCUGCUGCUCCAGCAGAAGAAGUAGCCUCCUAGCCUUAGCCUGUAUAAGUUAUCAUAAGUCGCUUAGUGAAUGGAGACGAAAUUAUACGAUGGUCUUGUGAUGUGGA